AGUUGUACAAUAAACCACCAAUACUUUAUAGUAUAGUAGAAGUGCUCAUCAAUAAAUGAUAUUGAAUUCAGCAAUAAACGCAAAGAGAUGAGGCUGGGCGAGUGGUCUAAACGGAGACCGUUAUAGGUGGCAAUAAAUUGCCCUUACUCUCCGGCCGAUGGGAGUUUCCGGUGAUAUAGCCGUUUUCAGCCAACAUCAGGCUGUUAGAGUUUGGCUUCGAGCCGCCUUUAGGAUUCAGAGGGUUUGUGUUGGAGCUCUUCAUUCCGUAAAUGGACUUAUCGCAAGUGGUAAUACAGGACCUCUACUUCGAUGCCGGUGAGAAUGGUUGCGGGUCGUACGCCUCGUCGUUGCUGCCCGGCGCUGACUGCCCUGCAAAUGUUGUUUUCAUGGCAGCUUACUUUGCCGACAAGGACAGGAAUCCCCAGCAGCUCCCCAACGUCUUCUGCAUCUUCGAGAAGUACGCUUGGGGUUCUGUGGAAGUGAAAAAGGGUAGCGUAAAGAAGGGAGAAGAAAGGAACGAGACAGAGAGAUACAAGCAAUAUCUAUUGUAACCUCGUUUACACAAUAAAUAAAAGACAAAUGAGAAAACUUGAAACCCCAUUUCAAAUUUUCUGCAUCCAGAGUGAAAGUAGGAAGGAUUCGAACCAUGACUACUGUAAGAAAAACAAAGAUCAUAACAAAUCACAUUAAGUACA